UUCUUUUACUAAUUUUCAAUAUGGCUGCCUUCAGCACGUUUUGAGAAAACGUUAUUCCAUUUAUUCAUACUUUCACCGAUUUCACGUAUUUAUAUGCGUAAAUCCUUUACAAAGUAUGGCGAAGGUAAUACGAUAUGUCGGCCGUGAAAGCCACUUCACUGGAAAAUCCCUUUUUGAGAUUGCAGCCAAUUUGAAGUCAUGUAAAGGUCGUGUUGUGCACAGAAGUAGGAUGAAGUUUGAUCCUAAUUAUAAAGAGAAAACGUAUGUCACCUUGGAAGACGUAAAGCCGGAUCUUUCUAAACCGAACUUCAAAGGAGGCACUGUCACAGGAUACAGAGUGCAUAGAGGAAAUAUAUCUGACAAACUUGUCCAGAUAAACAGUGGCAUGAAACAGGAUUGGCAUCUUGUAUCCAAGGAAGAUGAAGAGGAAUUCUGUAAAAUUGAUCGAGUACACAAGGUUAAUUAUAACCGCCCCAAAAUAUAUCAACUUCCACCAACAUUGGCAGCAAAAUUGAAAACUAUUGGAACCGAGAAAUCCCAACUUACUGAAGUUCCGUUUAGGUUUAAGAAUAAGAAAAAAACCCACUAAAACUGAUUUAAAAUGUUAGUAUUUUCUGUGUGAAUGAGAUAUGUUUUGAACAAAAACAAAUUAGAUAAUAUUGGUCGAGACUGAAAUUUCUGAAUUUUGUAUACUGUAGUAUGGAAAAAUGUGAAUAUUAAAAUGUAAAAGAUAUUGGAAUUUGUCUCCAUCUUAU